AUGAGAGCUCUACUUAAUGUGGGGUUGCUCUUGCUUUUUGUCACUGUCCAGGCUAAGGUCUAUGAACUCUGUGAGUUUGCCAGAAUUAUGAACAAAAAUGGAAUGGAGGGCUACAGGGGAUUCAGCCUGGAAAACUGGGUGUGUAUGGCCCAGUAUGUGAGUAAGUUUAAUUCAAAGUAUGAAACCCACAACUAUCGAAAAAAAAUCAGCAGCUAUGGGAUAUUUCAAAUCAAUAGCCAAUAUUGGUGUGAUGAUGGCAAAACUCCAAAAACAUCGAAUGGCUGUGGGAUACCCUGCAGCGUUUUGCUCCAGGAUGACAUCACUGAAUCCAUAAAAUGUGCAAAGAUUAUUGUGCAAGCACCACAAGCCAUUAAAGCAUGGUAUCGAUGGAGAACUCACUGUGAAAACCGAGAUCUCACCAAGUAUCUUCAGAAAUGCACACUGUAA